GUGUCUUUUUUGAUCCCUGAAUGUGGCAUACUACCUGAAGUGCUGAAAAGUACUAUUGCGGAUGUUGGAGAGUACUACGUGGUGAGGAAUUUAUCAAUUCAUGAACUGGUCUCUCACGAAUUCAUUGAUGCUUUUGUGAAGAAAGGUUCAUGCUACGCACUUACCUAUAACACAAAAAUCGAUCAAGAUAAUACUGCAGCUCUGCUACCAAAUGGAAAACUAAUUCUGUCGGUGGAUAAAGAUACUUAUGAGGAGCUUGGACUGCAAGGUCGCCCUUCUCGGUAUGCUGGCAAAAAAGUAAUGAGAUACAUUGUUACUAUUGACUUGACUGAUUCUGGCUUUCACCCUGAUAGUAAGAAAUAUAAGAGAGUGCUUUGGGCCUUGAAAGAAAAGAAGCCUUUAGAGUUUGACUUCCUACUGGCUUGGUAUAAUACAGGUGCAGAGGAAUCAACACUGAUGUCAUACUUUUCAAAAAACCAAAUACAGGCCCUGAAGCCAAAAAUAACAUUCAGCACAUUAAGGGACCUUCAGUGUCCAGUGUUACAAAGUAACGAACUACAAGGAAAGCCAGAUGAGUCCUGCAGUACAGAGGAACUGUUUGAAUGGCUAGGUGCUGUCUUGAGUCAAGUUAGCUUAGACAACAAAUCGUCUAGCUUCUUAUCAACCUAUUGCUGUCCUCAGCCCAGCACAAUGGUGGAAAAAGCUUUUUUGUGCACAAUCACAGGCUUUAUAAUUCCUGAGAAGAUAAUUCAGUUGUUGGAGCAGCUGUGUUGUUAUUUUGGUGAACCAAAACUGGCAUAUUGGCUGACCUUAACUGUGCAUGGCUUUGCAGACAGCCCUGUUUCCUGGAGAGAAAGUGAACAUGGUUUCCACAAGGGAGGAGAGAACUUGUACAACUUUGUCAUUUUUAGAAAUCUGGACUACUGGCUUCAGAUGGCUGUAGGAACUAACGAUGAUUGUCCUCCGUAAAGCUGUGUCUACAGAAUAAGUUUUCUAAUAAUUCCAUGUUACUGUAUAGAAACCUAAUAUGACAGUUUUUAUAAAAGUAAUUAGGUAACAAGUUAAGUA